AUGUCCGAGUCCGAGCUGCCUGCAGAGAUUCUGAAGCUAAAACAACCAGUGCAAAAGCUUUUUCAGCUUUUGGAAGCUGGGCUUGAUGAGUCUGAGAUCAAGGGCAAGAGUGCCUUCUGCUGUGGCGGGAGAUUGGAUCGUGCAUCCAAUGCUUGGGUCAAGAAGGCUUAUCUGGAUUCGAAGUUGGAUAGGGUUCCUCACGAAAAUGUCGUGAAGAAAGUGUUGACAGCUUUGGUGGACCGCGAUGAGCGAGUGAACAAAGCACGAUGGAUCAGCGAUGAGGCUGAGAAAGUUCGCUCUAUCUUCAAGAAAGCAGCCGCCAACAAUCGAAAUGCUGGCGAGCUCCAGACUCAGCCGGACGAGGAGACCCAGGCUGACGAGCACCAGACCCAACCGGCCGAGAAGACCCAGGUGGAGGCGAAUGCUCCGGAUGCUGAGCCCAAGAUUGAUUCGGAUGAAGACCUCAAGAGUGGUAGCUUGGACUUGGCUGAGCCAUCAGCUGAUGAGGCGAGUGAUGGACCACAGGAAGGUGAGUUUGGGUGUGACUUAGUCGAAGAUGUGCUUUCGUGGAACGGUUGGUUGGUCGCUUCGGCCGGGGCUGGUGCAAGUGAAGCAGCUGUGGAGCGACAUGAACCAGGGUCGCCGCCCGCCGAGGAGUCCGAUGACAAUCACAGCGUUGAUAAAGCAGCAGCCGUGGAAGACGAUGUGGCAAGUGAUUCCUCUGGUGAGCUUGCAAAGCUGGCUCAUGCCGCCAGGGCUUUGGCUGAGGGGUCUGAUUCUGAUUCCGAGUCCGAUCCUGCAUCUCCGGGUAAAUCCAAGGGGCAACGCUACAAUGUUUUUUGGGCGCCGACGGGGGUUCAGCAAACCAUUUUGGGCAAUGCGGUCAAGGAAGGGUUCACAGAUCACGAUCAGCAGCCGAUUCGGAUUUUGAAGGGCGAGGAGGCACAGAAGGUAAAGGAUGCUGCGAAAGCCAAGAUGUUCAAGGAGGAGGAUGAUGAUGAGGAGGAGGACGACAAUGGCGAGGCUGCCGAAGCAUCCGCUGACGCUGAGUCCGGUUCAGAAAGCUCCGACUCCGAAUCCUCAGAGUCGUGA